AUGAAUCUCGAAGAUAAUAAUGAUAAUUAUGGUUAUGAUUAUGAUUCUGUUGAAGAAAUACGUCGACAGAUAGAAGAAGAUGAUGCUAUUGAAGGCAUACGUCAUCAGCUAGAAGAAUUUCACAUUAAUCAAGCUAAGAUUAUUAAUGCUGUUAAAAAACUCGCGAAGGCUCAAUACCGAUGCUCUAAUUGUGAUAAGAGUAGUCCCAAUUCUCGUAAUUGUCCUAAAAAGAAAAAGAAGCGUAGAAGAACAUCUAAAAGGUGUAAGGUUAAUCUUGUUGUAGAUGACUCUGAUACAAACUCUGAUGGCAGCAGUAGUUCUUCUGGCGAGUCAGAAACUGAGAGUUCAUCCGCUUCAGAAGAUACUAUUCGCAAAAUAAUCCAAAGUGAGCUUGGCGUGGCUUUGCAAGAGGAGAUUAAGAAGAUUCUCAGCUCCCUUCCUAUAUAUAUGACACAAGCGUGCCCUGUCAGGACUUUUCCACUAGAUACUAAAAAGCAGGAUCAGCAGAACUGGCAGGGUCGGCGGGAUUCAUCUCAAAACAAGUCUAUUUCUUCUACCAAUCCUGUUCCUGUCUCGAUGAACCCAGAAUCUGACCCAUCUGAGUCAGAGGAGGAUGAUUAUUUAGACAAUUCUAUGGAAAUCGAUUUUGUCCAGAAGAAAGAGCCUAAAACGAGUAUUGCGAGUGUGAAGUGUAAAAUUAAGCAUCUAAAAAUCCUGGCCAUAGCUCUCGAUUCUGCAGCUAAAAUUCCUAUUAUAACAGAAAAUAUUGUUAAGCGCGUUAAGGCAGAUAUCAAUAAAUCCAUAAAACACGACCUCAGUGGUAUCGCUACUGCGCCAACUGAGUCUAUCGGAGUCAUUCAUAACUUACCAGUAAUUCUGGCUCCCAGUCACACUAUUUACGAAAAUUUCGUGGUUGUGAAGUAUCUUAAGCCCAUGCUAAUAUUCUCCAACCCUCUCUUUAAGAAAUAUAGAUACGCAAUCGAUUGGAAUAAGAAUGAGUUAAAAAUCUUUCAUAAUGGUAAGGAUUUGAUUAUCCCCGUCAUUAUGCAUAAGAUCAAAAAUAAGAUCGAAAUGAAUUGCGUGAGUGUUACGUCUCCAGCACUUCUUCAGGGGCAGGUUGACAAAUCUACAAUCCUGGACUGCGUUUUGCAGGACAUGGACGACAUACUAAAAAAAAACAUGAAAUACGAAGAGCUUAAAGAGAAAUUAUAUGCUGCUCUUAAAUCUAAAGCAGAGCUCAAUGAUUUAUGCGAAAGGUUGCAGGCACACCAUAGUAAACAAUUAGGAUGA